AUGCAGCCCGCAGACACCUUUGUGGGGUCAAUCGACCAGGGCACGACGAGCACGAGAUUCUUAGUUUUCAACCGCGAGGGUGAGCCAGUAGCAUCCCAUCAAGUCGAGUUCAGUCAAAUCUACCCAAAUCCGGGCUGGCACGAACACGACCCCCUCGAAAUUGUAACCUCAGUAGAAACCUGCAUCGAAGAAGCUGUCCAGAAGUUCGAAGCGAAAGGCCAUAGUCGAGGCAACAUUAAAAGCAUCGGAAUAACAAACCAGCGCGAAACAACCAUAGUCUGGGACCAUGAAACCGGCGAACCCUUAUACAAUGCCAUUGUAUGGACGGACACACGGUCUCAGGCAAUUGUCGCGGAACUCAAACAAAAAGCAGGGGCAGCGCAGCUCCAGACACUCUGCGGUUUGCCGUUGUCAACCUACUCGUCCGCUACAAAGCUACUCUGGAUGUUAGCGCAUGUCCCAAGAGUGAAGGAUGCAUUUGAACGCGGCACACUGGCGUUUGGUACCGUCGAUGCUUGGCUAGUCUACCGUUUGAACGGUGGCGUGGCUGCCAACGUCUUUGUCUCGGAUUCGACAAACGCUUCGCGGACCAUGUUUGUGAACCUGGAGACGUUGCAGUAUGAUGAGACGCUUCUGGACUUCUUUGGGAUCAGAGGCAAGAUUCACCUGCCUAGGAUUGUGCCCUCAUCUGAUGCAACGGCGUAUGGAGUCGUUGCUUCUGGGGCCUUGGCAGGGAUUCCGAUUAUGGGCUGUCUGGGAGACCAGUCUGCGGCCUUGGUUGGGCAGAAAGGGUUCUCACCUGGAAUGGCAAAGAAUACUUAUGGCACUGGAUGCUUUCUUUUGUACAAUGUUGGCGACAAACCGGUGCUGUCGACACAUGGAUUGCUGGCUACGGUUGCCUACCACUUUGGUGGGAAGCCUAUCUAUGCCCUUGAGGGGAGCAUCGCUGUUGCUGGAUCUGGGAUCAAAUUCUUGCAGAACAACUUGAAUUUCUUCCAGGAGUCUAAGGAGGUCAACGACGUUGCUUACUCGGUGGACGACAAUGGUGGAUGUGUGUUUGUCACUGCCUUCAGUGGACUGUUUGCGCCUUAUUGGAUUGAUGACGCGAAAGGAACAAUCUUCGGUAUUACCCAGUACACCCAGAAGGGCCACAUCGCUCGCGCUACCCUAGAGGCAACCUGCUUCCAAACCAAAGCAAUUCUAGACGCAAUGGAGAAAGACAGCGGCCACACACUCUCCGAACUGGCAGUAGAUGGGGGUAUGAGUAACUCAGACUUGGCGAUGCAGACCCAAGCAGAUCUGAUAUCCAUUCCUGUCUACCGCCCCAAGAUGCGAGAGACUACAGCUCUCGGUGCAGCAAUCGCAGCCGGCCUUGCUGUUGGCCUUUGGCGUAACUUUGCCGAACUACGCGAUAUCAAUCGUUCCGGUGGGGCUGUCUUCGAGCCCCAGGUCUCGCGACAAGAGAGCGAUACCCAAUUCGGACAAUGGGAAAAGGCCGUGCAAAUGAGUAGAGGCUGGGUGGGAUCAAAGAGCACCGAGCAAGAAGAAGUUGUUGGCGUGACCAACGAGACCUAUGUACCAUUGAAGAACGAUGAUCUCCCUUCACCCAAGGCCACACAAACCUCGAAUCAUUUCUUAAUCUCUGAGGUGGUCAAGACCUCUACCUACAACACAGCUACCAAGGGGGAGCUCACGGCACUGGGGAGUGUAUUGGGUGAUUUGGAUGAUGCAGACGAAGAGGAUUUGUUCUUGGAGUUGCGGAAAGUCGAGAUCUUGCAAAGGCUUAGGAAGCUACGGAAACAGUCAACUUGCUAUUAA